AGCUCUCUCUCUGGCUCGCUCUGCAUUAUCCUCUUCCUGUUUCUAAACCUCUGCUCUGAGGAGGUUAACGAUGACAUCCUUGCUCCUCCCAAAUCCGGACUCGAUUACCACCACACCCCUCGUUUCCAACCUACGCUCCUUCCGGAGGUUCUUCUCUCCUCUCAGACGCUCCUCCUUGCCCCGAAACUCAUCAUCAUCAUCUCUUCCACUAGUCGCUGUUUCCUCUCUCUCCGCAACUGCCGCAAAACCUACUACAGCGACCAGGUGGAGAGAGAAGCAUGAGUUAGCUGAAAGCGAUUCAAUCUCCAUCCUCAACGAGAGGAUUCGGCGGGACCUGGGAAAGAGAGAGACUGCUAGGCCGGCCAUGGACUCUAAGGAGGCCGAAAAGUACAUUCAGAUGGUGAAGGAACAACAAGAGAGGGGUCUGCAGAAGCUCAAAGGAGUAAGGCCAGGCUCAGACGGUGGUUUCAGCUACAAGGUUGACCCUUACACUCUCCUUUCCGGUGAUUAUGUGGUGCACAAGAAGGUUGGCAUUGGUCGUUUUGUUGGUAUUAAGUUGGAUGUCCCCAAGGAUUCUUCUGAGCCCCUUGAAUAUGUCUUUAUUGAGUAUGCUGACGGCAUGGCCAAGCUUCCCCUCAAGCAGGCCUCCCGUCUCCUCUACCGAUACAACCUUCCUAAUGAGUCCAAACGGCCUCGGACUUUAAGUCGGCUGAGCGACACUAGUGUUUGGGAAAGAAGAAAGACCAAAGGAAAAGUCGCUAUUCAGAAAAUGGUUGUUGACUUGAUGGAGCUCUAUCUUCAUAGGCUUAGACAGAAGAGAUUUCCUUAUCCCAAAAACCCUGUCAUGGCUGAUUUCGCUGCUCAAUUUCCUUAUAACGCUACACCUGACCAGCAGCAGGCUUUCCUUGAUGUUGACAAGGAUUUGACUGAGAGGGAAACGCCUAUGGACCGAUUGAUAUGUGGAGAUGUUGGAUUUGGUAAAACUGAGGUUGCUCUACGUGCCAUCUUUUGUGUGGUCUCCGCUGGCAAACAAGCUAUGGUUUUAGCACCCACUAUUGUUUUGGCCAAGCAACAUUACGAUGUCAUCUCUCAGCGGUUUUCCUUGUAUCCCCAAAUCAAAGUCGGUCUUUUAAGUCGGUUUCAGACCAAAGCAGAGAAGGAGGCGUAUUUGGAAAUGAUAAAACACGGUCAUCUCAAUAUCAUUGUAGGUACUCACUCCCUUCUCGGAAGCCGUGUUGUGUACAGCAAUCUAGGCCUUCUUGUCGUCGAUGAGGAACAGAGAUUUGGGGUCAAGCAGAAAGAAAAGAUUGCAUCUUUCAAAACGUCAGUGGAUGUGCUUACCCUCUCCGCAACACCUAUACCAAGGACGUUAUACUUAGCUUUGACUGGAUUCCGGGAUGCCAGUUUAAUCUCCACACCUCCACCGGAGAGGAUUCCAAUAAAAACCCAUCUUUCAUCGUUCCGUAAGGAAAAGGUUAUCAAAGCAAUAAAAAAUGAACUGAAUCGUGGUGGCCAAGUUUUCUAUGUCUUGCCUCGAAUUAAAGGACUAGAGGAAGUGAUGGAUUUUCUUGAAGAAGCAUUUCCAGAUAUCGACAUUGCUAUGGCACAUGGGAAGCAAUACUCAAAACAACUAGAGGAAACCAUGGAGAGAUUUGCGCAAGGAAAGAUCAAAAUCCUCAUAUGCACUAAUAUUGUUGAAAGCGGACUUGAUAUUCAAAAUGCAAAUACCAUAAUCAUCCAGGAUGUUCAACAAUUUGGGCUCGCUCAGUUGUACCAGUUGCGUGGAAGGGUUGGCCGGGCUGAUAAAGAAGCUCAUGCCUACCUGUUUUAUCCUGAUAAAUCGCUGCUCUCUGAUCAAGCACUGGAAAGGCUUAGUGCUCUUGAAGAGUGUCGCGAGCUUGGACAAGGUUUCCAACUUGCGGAGAAAGACAUGGGUAUAAGAGGCUUUGGGACAAUUUUUGGUGAACAGCAGACAGGAGAUGUUGGAAAUGUCGGCAUCGAUCUCUUCUUUGAAAUGCUUUUUGAGAGUCUAUCCAAGGUGGAGGAACUCCGUAUUUUUUCGGUUCCAUACAAUCUGGUGAAGAUUGACAUAAAUAUAAAUCCUCGGCUGCCGUCCGAGUAUGUAAAUUACCUGGAAAAUCCGAUGGAGAUCAUCAAUGAAGCUGAAAAAGCAGCUGAGAAAGAUAUGUGGAGUCUCAUGCAAUUCACAGAGAACUUACGUCGCCAAUAUGGGAAAGAACCUUACUCCAUGGAGAUCAUUUUGAAGAAGCUGUAUGUGAGACGCAUGGCGGCUGAUCUUGGAGUAAACAGAAUUUAUGCAUCAGGGAAGAUGGUUGUGAUGAAAACAAAUAUGAGUAAGAAGGUGUUCAAGCUGAUCACAGAUUCCAUGACUUGUGACGUUUACCGAAGCUCCUUGAUAUAUGAAGGAGAUCAAAUAAUGGCGGAACUUUUGCUGGAGCUACCAAGAGAACAGUUACUGAACUGGAUGUUCCAGUGCUUGUCAGAACUGCAUGCAUCACUCCCUGCUCUUAUCAAAUACUAGCUCCCCCUUCACUUCACAGCCUCUCUUGCGCGUAGGAUGUUUUAGAAGGAGAGGGAUUCCUCAGCACUCAUUCGUGGAGUUUCCUUCAUAGAAUAGAACAUAGAAGAAUAAUGAUUUUUGUGUAUAAAUAUAUACAAGGGAAGCAUUUUAAUCAGGCAGCUAAAUUUGUUAAGGAUUUAAUGAGGAAGCAGUGAUGAAAACUGUCUAGCGCUGGGCAUGUUUGACGUUGAGAUCAUCAACCAAAUGCGAGUUGGUAAAGUCUUGGAUAUCUGUUGGGAGUUCGAUAGUGUGAAAUGUAGUUUUCUGGGAUUCUUCUUUUGUAUGGCCCAGUAAAAAGCCCAUUUGUGUGUAUACAUCAAAUAUAUCUAGGGCCCAUUUGUGUGUAUACUCCAAAUAUAUCUACGCGUCCAAUAAUAUAUGUUUGCUUCUUCUU